CUGCUUACCGCGCACACAUAAAUGUUAUAAAAUACAAUGUCGUUUUCUCAGAGUUGCACAUUUGCUAAAAAGUUUUCGCUAUGAGAGACGACAAGCACAGAUACCAAGCAGCUGCAAUCGCCGUCGUGUUGGUAUUGCAGCAAUGCAGCGGCCUGCCUUAUACGUCGUCAAUGGUGGGGAAUGGGAAUGAUAUCGAUGGGGAUACAUAUCAGCAAUCUGGAGGUGCACGAUCGGUGGACUAUCACACGGUUGUAGGCCAUUUCAAGGACUUCUUUAUGUAUCUUCCUGUGAUGAUGACCACUAUAAAAGAGACCAUGUCUGGCUUCCCCAAAUUCGCCGAGGGCGUGCGUAUUCUAACCUCUGGCAAGGGACGCGUCGACGGAGGCGAGUGCAAGUGCAGUCAAAAUUCCUUGGGAACGGGGGCCAGCAGUGAAAUGUUGGACGGUAAUGGUCGCUUUGGUUGAUAGUUGAUUUUAUGGACAGAGACAACGACAAUAAAAUGAUUGGAAACGGC